AUGGGGACUGUGGAGAGUAGAGUAAAGGCCAACAGAAACAUAGACAACAUGCUCACACCAAAAGUAGAAGCCCGAGAUGCAAUCGCUCUCUUGUUAGGUGUGGUUCUCAGCAUUACAGGCAUUUGUGCUUGUCCGGGGGUGUAUGCACGAAAGAGAAAUGGACAGAUGUGA